AUGGAGCUGGUGGUGACCCUGCCGACGGAGGUCUUCCGCUGCCGGAUCUGCUUCGUCACCAAGGCUGCCGGCAGGCCAACCUUUGGCGAGUAUAAGGACCACUCGGCCCUUCUCCUCCAAUACAGAAGGCUGCACGACCCGGAAAAGACUCCCGUUUUCGAGUGCGAGUUUUGCGGCCGACGCGACCCGCGGCUGAAGAUGAAAGCGGCCAUCAGCGGAUCUGCAAUGCAGCAUCCGCUACCCCUGGCGAUGCCGGUCGGGGGAGACAGCGUGGUGGGCUCACAGGCUGCCUUGCCCUCGCCUUGUGUGAGUGUGCAGACGUCUGCGACAUCCAGGACGGCAGUGGUUGCUGCCCCCGCGUCGUGCGAGCCGUUGUGUGCGCACGCCGCGGUAGUCUGCCAUCCCCCUGUCGAUACGCUCUGCGACGUCAGCCGCGUCGCCACGAGUGCCGAGCGCAGUUCGGGAGAUGAAGGCAGCACGCUGCCGACGCCUGCCACCGAACGCGUCGCUCCGAAGAUGAAAGAUAUGGAGAAAGAUAAUCUGAUAAUCAAGAAGGCAAGUGACAUGCUCCAAACACUGAAAUCAAGUGAUAAAGUGUGUAAACUCCUCCUCCAGCCCCCUCCUCUCUGUGUCAACCUCCUCCUCCAGCCCCCUCCUCUCUGUGUCAACCUCCUCCUCCAGCUCCCUCCUCCAUGUGUCAACCUCCUCCUCCACCACCCUCCUCCCUCUGUCAACCUCCUCCUCCAGCACCCUCCUCCCUCUGUCAACCUCCUCCUCCAGCACCCUCCUCCCUCUGUCAACCUCCUCCUCCAGCACCCUCCUCCCUCUGUCAACCUCCUCCUCCAGCACCCUCCUCCCUCUGUCCGUCUCGUCGUCCUCCUACUGCCCCCUCUUCCCUCUGUCCGUCUCGUCGUCCUCCUACUGCCCCCUCCUCCCUCUGUCCGUCUGGUCGUCCUCCUACUGCCCCCUCCUCCCUCUGUCCGUCUGGUCGUCCUCCUACUGCCCCCUCCUCCCUCUGUCCGUCUGGUCGUCCUCCUACUGCCCCCUCCUCCCUCUGUCCGUCUGGUCGUCCUCCUACUGCCCCCUCCUCCCUCUGUCCAUCUGGUCCUCCUCCUACUGCCCCCUCCUACCUCUGUCCGUCUACUCGUCCUCCUACUGCCCCCUCCUCCCUCUGUCCGUCUACUCGUCCUCCUACUGCCCCCUCCUCCCUCUGUCCGUCUACUCGUCCUCCUACUGCCCCCUCCUCCCUCUGUCCGUCUACUCGUCCUCCUACUGCCCCCUUCUCCCUCUGUCCGUCUACUCGUCCUCCUACUGCCCCCUCCUCCCUCUGUCCGUCUACUCGUCCUCCUACUGCCCCCUUCUCCCUCUGUCCGUCUACUCGUCGUCCUACUGAGCCCUCCUCACUCUGUCCGUCUACUCGUCGUCCUACUGAGCCCUCCUCACUCUGUCCGUCUACUCGUCGUCCUACUGAGCCCUCCUCCCUCUGUCCGUCUACUCGUCAUCCUACUGAGCCCUCCUCCCUCUGUCCGCCUAUACUCGUCCUCCUACUGCCCCCUCCUCCCUCUGUCCGUCUACUCGUCCUCCUACUGCCUCCUCCUCCCUCUGUCCGCCUAUACUCGUCCUCCUACUGCCCCCUCCUCCCUCUGUCCGCCUAUACUCGUCCUCCUACUGCCCCCUCCUCCCUCUGUCCGCCUAUACUCGUCCUCCUACUGCCCCCUCCUCCCUCUGUCCGUCUACUCGUCCUCCUACUGCCCCCUCCUCCCUCUGUCCGUCUACUCGUCCUCCUACUGCCCCCUCCUCCCUCUGUCCGUCUACUCGUCCUACUACUGCCCCCUCCUCCCUCUGUCCGUCUACUCGUCCUCCUACUGCCCCCUCCUCCCUCUGCCCGUCUACACGUCCUCCUACUGCCCCCUCCUCCCUCAGUCCGUCUGCUCGUCGUCCUACUGCCCCCUCCUCCCUCUGUCCGUCUGCUCGUCGUCCUACUGCCCCCUCUUCCCUCUGUCCGUCUGCUCGUCGUCCUACUGUCCCCUCCUCCCUCUGUCCGUCUGCUCGUCGUCCUACUGCCCCCUCCUCCGUCUGUCCGUCUGCUCGUCGUCCUACUGCCCCCUCCUCCCUCUGUCCGUCUGCUCGUCGUCCUACUGCCCCCUCCUCCCUCUGUCCGUCUGCUCGUCGUCCUACUGCCCCCUCCUCCCUCUGUCCGUCUGCUCGUCGUCCUACUGCCCCCUCCUCCCUCUGUCCGUCUGCUCGUCGUCCUACUGCCCCCUCCUCCCUCUGUCCGUCUGCUCGUCGUUCUACUGCCCCCUCCUCCCUCUGUCCGUCUGCUCGUCCUCCUACUGCCCCCUCCUCCCUCUGUCCGUCUGCUCGUCCUCCUACUGCCCCCUCCUCCCUCUGUCCGUCUGCUCGUCCUCCUACUGCCCCCUCCUCCCUCUGUCCGUCUGCUGGUCCUCCUACUGCCCCCUCCUCCCUCUGUCCGUCUGCUCGUCCUCCUCCUGCCCCCUCCUCCCUCUGUCCGUCUCCUCGUCCUCCUACUGCCCCCUCCUCCCUCUGUCCGUCUCCUCGUCCUCCUACUGCCCCCUCCUCCCGCUGCCCGUCUCCUCGUCCUCCUACUGCCCCCUCCUCCCGCUGCCCGUCUCCUCGUCCUCCUACUGCCCCCUCCUCCCUCUGUCCGUCUCCUCGUCCUCCUACUGCCCCCUCCUCCCGCUGCCCGUCUCCUCGUCCUCCUACUGCCCCCUCCUCCCGCUGCCCGUCUCCUCGUCCUCCUACUGCCCCCUCCUCCCGCUGCCCGUCUCCUCGUCCUCCUACUGCCCCCUCCUCCCGCUGCCCGUCUCCUCGUCCUCCUACUGCCCCCUCCUCCCGCUGCCCGUCUCCUCGUCCUCCUACUGCCACCUACUCCCGCUGUCCGUCGCCUCGUCCACCUACUGCUCCUUCCUCCCUCUGUCCGUCUCCUCGUCCACCUACUGCCCCCUCCUCCCUCUGUCCGUCUCGUCGUCCUCCUACUGCACCCUCCUCCUCACUCUGUCCACCUCCUCCUCCUCCUCCUCACUCUGUCCACCUCCUCCUCCUCCUCCUCACUCUGAAUCAAUAACAGACCUGGAGAACCAUAUUACUUCAAUGCAAAAUGAGGUUAAAAGUGCUGAACAAAUUGAAUUCCCAAAAAGAGCAGAAGUACAGGAACUUGAGGCUUCUGUUGAUGCUAAGGAGAGAACAAUUAAGGCAUACAAAGCAAAGAAUCCCAGUAUAAUUAAAAAAGUAGGCACUUUUCUUAAGUAA